CGCAGCAGCCCGGCACGGAGCGUGUCUCCAGCCGGAGGCAGGGCUCAGGGAGCAGGUGCCCGGGAGCCAUGGCUUUGCCCAGGGCACCCCCGGGGUCCUAAGCGCCCCGACCCGAAAGGCGGGAGUCCAGCUGUUCCUGGCACCGCCCUACGGGCUGGGGCAGCCGGCGGGACACCUGCCGGAGCCGGACCCUGCGCCAGGCUCAGCCGCGGGACAUGCAGGUGGCCUGGGGCAGGCAGGGCAGGUGGCAUGUCGGACCUCUCCUCGAGGACUUGCCAGCGCCUCCAGGUGGGCUUGGAGCCCCCACUGCUGAAGGGCAUCUGCUCUACCUGCUCGUGAAGAAGAUGCACUUGUUCCGGAGCUACAGCUACCAGAUCCAGCUGGAGAGCGAGGCGGGCAGCCUGCCCAGGAUACAGGGCAUCCGAUGGACGCCGCUCCCUGACAGCGAAUCAGCCCCAGACUGUGGGCAGAGCCGUACGCAGGCACAUGCAGAGAAGGUUUGGAGAGCGGGGAGACUCCUGUACAGCCACCUCGUGAGCUCUUGUCCUGGCCUCAUCCGCGAUCACAAGUACCACCUCAGGCACCACAGGCAUUGUUGCUCCGGGAAGGAGCUGGUAGACUGGCUGCUCAGUGCAGGGCUGUCCAUCCAAACGCGGGGCCAGGCCAUUGGGGUUUGCCAAGUGCUGGUGGAUGGAGGAGUCCUGACUCAUGUGAAGCAGGAGUGGCAUUUCCAGGACAAGGAUGCCCAGUUUUACCGCUUUGCCGAGGGGGAGCUGACUCUGGAGCCUGGCGCCUGGGACACUGAGGAGCUACUGGAGGCUUUGGCCUUUCUGGCCCAGCUGGGCCCUGAUGCACUGCUCACCAUGGCCCUGCGCAAGCCCCCUGCCCAGCGCACGGAGGACGAGCUGGAGCUCAUUUUUGAGGAGCUGCUGCACAUCAAAGCUGUGGCUCAUCUUUCCCACUCGGUGAAGCGGGAGCUGGCCUCUGUGCUACUGUUUGAGUCACACCCUAAAGCGGGCACCGUGUUGUUCAGCCAAGGAGACAAAGGCACCUCGUGGUACAUCAUCUGGAAGGGCUCAGUGAACGUGGUCACCCAUGGCAAGGGCCUGGUGACCACCCUGCACGAGGGUGAUGACUUUGGACAGCUGGCGCUGGUGAACGAUGCCCCCCGAGCCGCCACCAUCAUCCUGCGGGAGGACAACUGCCAUUUCCUGCGCGUGGACAAGCGAGACUUCAACCGCAUCCUCAAGGAUGUCGAGGCCAAUACCAUGCGCCUGAAGGAACACGGGAAGGUGGUGUUAGUGCUGGAGAAAAACCUGCAGGGGAGCAGCUCCAGCAACCAGUCACCGUCCGCGGGGAGCAGUAGGUACUCGGUGAUGGCUGGGACCCCUGACAAGAUCUUGGAGCAUUUGUUGGAAGCCAUGAGGCUGGAUGCAACGUUCUCAGACCCCCUGGAUACCUUGGUUGGGGAUUUCCUGCUGACCUACAAUGUGUUCAUGCCGACCACCCAGCUCUGCAGAGCUCUGCUGCACCAUUUCCAUGCGGAGCCGUCCGAGGGCUCGGAGCAGGAGAAGGCUGUCUACUCCCUCAGCAAGCGGCAGAAGAUCCUGAGGCUGGUCAGCCAGUGGGUGCUGCUCUAUGGGCCCCUGCUGCAGGCCGACCACUGUGCCAUAAACCUUCUGCAGAACCUCUCGGAUUUUGUGAGCCGGGAUCCCCGCCUGUGCAACCUGCUCCGGGACCCGACACAGGAUCGUCGGAGGAACAGAACACUGGAGAACGGUGGCGGAAGCGCAUCUCCACAGCUCAAGGUUCGGAGCACGGGGAACUGGAUCGCCAGCCUGGAGGAUGCCACGCUGAAUAACAGCUGUGCCAUCGGAGCCCAGGACAAAGUGCCCUAUGACAUCUACAGAGCUGACCACUCCUGCCUCACCGUGGUGCUGCCAGUGAACGCCUCUGUGCGCCACGUGCUCCAGUCCCUCGCCUGCCAGGAGGGCACGCACGGCGAGUGCAUGUUGGUCAAGGUCAACUCAGCAGGGGAUAAAGUGGGGCUGCAGAUGGACACCAUCGGCGUGUACACAUCCCUGGGCCUGAACGAGAGACUCUUUGUUGUGAAUGUCCAGGAGCUGCACACCCUGACCCCUCAUCCCGAGCAGCUGGGGCCCACCGUUGGCUCCUCAGAGACCCUGGACCUCAUCAGCUCCAAGGACUUGGCCAAUCAGCUGACGGAUUAUGACUGGAAUCUCUUCAGCAGUGUCCACCAGGUGGAGCUGAUCUAUUACAUUUUUGGGCAGCAGACGUUUCCCAGCGCAACCACGGCGAACCUGGAGCGCGUCAUGCGGCGCUUCAACGAGCUGCAGUACUGGAUCGCCACCGAGCUCUGCCUCUGUGUGGAGCCGGGCAGGCGGGCCCAGCUGCUCAGGAAGUUCAUUAAGCUGGCUGCACACCUCAAGGAGCAGAAGAACCUGAAUUCCUUCUUCGCGGUGAUGUUUGGUCUGAGCAACACGGCUGUCAGUCGCCUCGCCAAGACCUGGGAGAGGCUGCCGCACAAAACCAGGAAGCUGCACUCGGCGCUGGAGCGUAUGCUGGACCCCUCCUGGAAUCACAGAGUCUACAGACUGGCCAUCGCCAAACUGACCCCGCCCAUCAUCCCCUUCGUGCCCCUCCUUCUCAAAGACAUGACCUUCAUCCACGAGGGCAACCGCACGCUGGCAGAGAACCUCAUCAACUUUGAGAAGAUGCGAAUGAUGGCCAAGGCCGUACGUAUCAUCCACCACUGCCAGAGCCACACGUACGCUCCCAUCUCCCCACUGCGGUGUCGUGCCCCCCAGCUGCUGGAGGACCCCCAGGCCCUGCGGAUCUCCACCUGCUCUGAGCAGUCCCUGAGCGGGCGGAGUCCUGCCUCCACCCGGGCCUACCUCCAGCACCUGAAAGUAAUCGACAACCAGAAGGAACUGUCACGGCUUUCCCGGGACCUUGAGUCCUGAUGCUUGGGACCAGGGGCGGAACAGGAUGGGCCAGCCUAGAACCUCCACGGGGAGCGCUCCUCAGCCCACCAGCACAUUGCCCCUGCCUGGCUGCCACGGGGCAGUUGUGCUGCCCUCCACCUCCUGUGAGAGGGCUGGCCAUGCGUUCCGACUGUCCCCACUGCAGAGGGACCCCACUGCAGCCCAUCUGCCAGACCGCCUGCCCAGCCAGGACCGGGCUGCACCAUUCCUCUCAGACUUGGAGCCAGCUGGCUAGAGCCUGGAGCAGUAACGGGCCAGCCCCAAUGAUGCUAUGAAGAGAGACAGGGAGGGGCAGGGCCGGGGGAAGAAGGGCAGGACGCUCUGGCUUUACCCACUGCCGUCAAUAGAAGUAUUUUUUGUACACAGGGAUGUUUUCCUUCCUGGUUCUGCAGCAGCAUCUCCAGCAUGGAGCUUCCAGCAAGGGGGGAGGAGGGAAUGCAGCUUCCCUGCUCAAGAACUUCCCGCACCCCCAGCACCAUUGCGGAAGGGGACGGCCCCCAGGCACAUGAGAGCCUGGGCCCUAGCUACAGCGCCCACUGCCGGACCUGUCUGGGCGAAGCUGGGGCAGGUUAAAUUGUGCCAGCCAGAGUACCAGAGCCUGCCUGCAGACAAGGCAGUGGGCACUCCAGCCCCAGCUAAACUGGAGGAGGUAGAAUACCUUCAGGCCCAGGCUUCCCUGGCCUAGCUUAGCCCAUGCUGGAGAGCGACCAGCCUGGCUCUAAAUGCUCGUGUAGACAUGGUGUGUGCCGGCAGCACGGUUACCAGGCCCUGCCCGGCUGUGCCCACUAGUGACUAGCAAGUGGUGGCUUCAGAAGAGGGCCCUUUGGAAGCAGGAGCCGGAGAGCCUGUGCUGCAUGCUCCACAUGGGGUGGCGGCUGGUGCUCCACUGCCAAGAUGGAUUGAAACUUCAUUCGAGUUCCAAGAGCAGGGAAUAAAAAUCCCCCUCCCGAGCCGCUGCAGAGAGAAGAGGCAGGAUUUCUGGGCACACAGCUCUCGCCAGCCAGGAUGGGCCCCAGGCAUGGUGCUCCAGCCCAGCAGUGUGGCUCAGUGGGGCACAGGGGUGCAAGGUUCUGGGGGCCCAGUGCUGAGGGGGCUGGCCAAGGGCACCUGUGUGAGCUGCCUGGGGGUCAAGGCCUCAGCCAAAUGUUCAGUCACCUCCUUAAGUUAGUACCUGACAGGAGGCUCAGUCUAAGGCUCCAGGAGGUCUGGACAGAGCAGCCAAUGCUCCAGAGAGCAGGAGUGGAAAGAGGAACCCAACGGCACCAAAAUCUCCAUGACGCAAGUUGAAUGCCUCCCUCUCCCCCAGGGGUCCCUGGGCAUGUGCUGACACCACUCCCUCCCAACACAGCCUGUGCUGGGGGCAGCAUAUAGGAGGAAUGACAUCCUGCUGGGUAGCUGGACUCUGCAGCCAAGCACGCUCUGGGGCAGAGACACCAGGAGGUAUCCCGUGCACCUGCUGUGGGGGGAACGGUUCUUGGCUUGUAACUCCUGCCUCAGCUCUGUUGCCCUGCAGCUCCUGGUACAUGGCAGCAGGCUGCCUACAGAUAACAUGGUCCUCAGUGGCUGUGUGAGGUCAAGGCUCCCAGCUGGGAGCAAGGCCCUGGGCUGCCUAGCUCAGCAGCCUGAAGGCUCGGGGAGAGCCUGUCUCUGCAUGACCUAGUCCUCCCCUGGGUCCUGGCCAGUUGGCUGGGACUUAGGCAUUGCCAGAGGGGAGGUUUGUCCUUCAGCUCUGCUGGUGAUGGGAGCAGGGUGGAGUUAAGGCCCAGGCAUCCUGCAGCAAGCAGGACCUGAGCUCGGCCACAGAGCGAGAAUGGGGCAGCAGCUGCCGGGAGGCUCUUACGGGUGAGCAGAGCUGGGCUCAGGGCAGCAGCAGGCUGGGAGCACGAGGAGUCACUCUGACCUGGGCACUCACUAAAGGCAGUGCUGUUGGCACCUGACCCCCUAGCCUGCUGGUGACAGUUCAAGGGGGGUGCAAGGGGCUGCCCAUUUAAAAAUAUUUAUUAAAAACCAGCCAGGCUGCACCACCUGGUGGCCUGUGCUAGCCAGGUGCUGCCACAAGAUUCAGGGACCCCACGAAUAGCUACGGAGGCAGCGCUGGGCUGCAGGGGAGAGUGCAGGAAGGGCACCAUGCUGGGUGAGCUGGGACAAUGAUGUGUUUCACAGACACUUCCACCCUCCAGCCUGGUGAAAGACAACCCCCCUUUCCCCACCCAGAGCAAGUGACACCUGAGCUCAGUCUCCAGGCAGAGGUGUGAACCUCCCUGAGCUGAUCCCAAUGAGCGGCCUCUCUUCGAACUUCUGCCACAGGCUCCUCGUGUUUGCACGGUGUCCUAGGGUCAGCCCCAGCGCUGCCGUGGCACAGGAGACCAUCUCAGCGGCUGCAGCUGCACCGUGUCUCCCCAGACCAUCCUCAGGCAGUGCUGGCCUUGCCAGCUGUCCCCGAGCACACACUCAGCCUGCUCCAUCUAAGCCUCUGGGACCUCCUGGGGUGCAGCCACCUUUGGGGAGCCAGUGCUCUUGCGACUCUUCCCCAGGGGUAGUGUGAUUCCCUCAAGCCCAGAAUCCAUCUUAGGUGGCUCAUGGCACAUGGUCUCCUGCUCCUCUUCAGGCCAGGAUCCCCCACAGGUGGACUCACU